AUGGGAACAGGGUGGUCGCAGGAUGACGAGGCGGCCGCAGCAGCUUCACAGCUGCAGCAGCCAACCCACCAAUCCACCGCGGACAGAGGUCAGCUGCCGCGGCAGCACUCUGUUCAGAAACAGAGUGAAGAGAAACAGAGUCAAGGAAGGCAGAGUGAGAAUAAAUCCAACACAGCUGAAAAAAGUCAAGGAAAUCAGAGUGAAGCAAAACAGAGCAAGAACAUAUCCAACAUGGUUGAAAGAUCUGGAGAUGGCAAGUUGGGGGAGGCCAAGAAUAGGGCAUCUGCAGCAACACAAGUGAAGCUUCCACAUAACUGGGAAGCUAUAUUGCGAGAAGCAGAUACCCCAAUUGAGCGUUCUUCCCCUGAUAGGCAGUGCAAUCAACUCUUCUCUGGAAAGUACUGGGUUGACAGGAACUCCAACAGCAACUGUUUCACUCUGUUUGCUAGAGAUCUCCUGAUCACCUGGGCUGACGACCCACGUUACUGGCAUUGGCCUUCUAUAACUGAGACCAGAGAUGUUACGGUGGAAGCCGCAGAGCUUUUAGCAGUUUGCUGGCUGGAGGUUCAUGGGAACUUUGACACAACAAAGCUUUCUCCUGGGACUUUGUAUGAAGUUAUAUUUGUGAUAAUGCUGAAAGAUUCGGCAGCAGGAUGGGAAGUUCCAGUGAAUUUCAGACUCACUCUACCAAAUAGAGUCAAGCAAGAGCACAAAGAGAACCUAAUGACGAAACCAAGAUUGCAAUGGAUUGAAAUCCCCGUUGGUGAGUUCAGAACUUCACCUGAAAAUAUUGGUGGGAAUAUGGAGAUCUCUAUGUUUGAAUAUGAAGGAGGAACCUGGAAGAAGGGGCUGAUUCUCAAAGAAGUCACCAUCCGACCAAAGUCCUCAACUACAUAG